GAUACCUCCCCCACUUCUAUGGCCUUGAGAAGCGCAAAAGCGGCAGUGAAUUCAAUCAUGCGCUAUCGUUAGAGCGCGAGCGAGCAAGCGAGCGAGCGAGUAACAAGGAAGACACUGAUAGCUUUACCUAAGGCGCUGAUAGGUCUACCUAAGACACUGAUAGGUAGAUUGCAGCACAAAGGGCAGUAUCCCCGUCAUGGCUGACUGGAAUGGUGCGCACAGAAAGUGGGACUCCGACGGCAGGAGUAAUGAACAAUAUUCGUUGGGAGGUGCAGAUGAGCCUGCGUAUGCUCCCAAUCAACUUGGUGCCAACAGCUACGUGAGACGAGAUCAACAUCAAUACCGUUUCAGGGCUGAUCCUGGUGCCGGUGUCUUCGACCAUCCACUCCAUGCAUAUGCGACUGGUCCAUUUGUUGGUAUCCCAAACAUGCCGCAGAAUGUGAAUAUGCCACACAAUGUAAAUAUGCAACAAGACCUUGCUUAUUCCACGAGGCGAAACAGCAAGUCUUCUGAAAGUUAUGGACUUUCCUAUCCACCAUCCAUACCACAAGCACCCGUCGAUGAAGAAGUGUGGGUUUCCGAAGCAUGGAGGUCGCUAAAGACCCGGUCUCAGUCCUCACGAUCUGUCACCACAAAAGAUGUCACUCAGCAAUUGAGCUGGGAGAAUAUUGACGAGCCAAGCGAACGUGAACCGGGCACUGGGGACACACAAAGCGAAAGCUCUCACGUAACUACUGCCAAAGACCCUCAGUUUGCGCAACCUUCGGAUUUUUCUCCCAAACAAACAGGAGCUGGAAAGAGUGGACCCAAGUCGACAGAAGAUUUAUCGGGGACUUCAUCGAUUGAAGAUCGUCACUCCUCAGUGAACUCGGAGCUUGAAUUGACUUCCUCUGCUCCAUCUUCAUGUGUUUGGAAUCCUCCCAAUUCCUCGAAGCAGAUGGACUCGAACUUGAGCCAAGCGGAAACAAAAAUUUUGGAGAAGGUUGAUGAACAGAGGAACUCCGAGCGAAAGGGAAAGACUGGUUCUCCUAGCAACACAGCAAAAAAGAGGAAAGAACGAGAUCUUCCAGAUGACAUACAUUACGGAAGAUACGACGACGACUCUGAAUGGACUCUUGGGCCCGGAGAACCAAAAUGGAAAAGUACGUGGAGUAGGUUUGGGAAAAGUAAUAGUGGAGAAACAUCUACACACGAACAGGACUCUAGUGAGAUUCCUAGCGGUGUAGUUCAGGCUGCACAGUCUGAGGAAAUCGCCAAUCCCAAAGUCUGAUAGCAUACCAGUCGCCAAAGGAUAACAGUGAACUGUCAAGUUUGAAUAUUUAUUUCCUUAUGUCCAUGUUUCUAGUAUAAAGACUCGGUACACCAG